UUAAUUCUUUGUUUUCCGUGUUAACGGUUUAAUAGGUUGACUUGACUUCACCUUUAAAUAGUUUGCAGCGUUUUGUCAAUAUUUUUUCUUCUUUAAAUCCAGAUUUUGAGGAGUUGUGUUAUUUUUUUUCCCGUCACUCACGCAAACUAUUUUUAACGCGGGGUUGAAAACGAACGUACCCCUUGGUCCCGUUUGCUAAAUUGCUGCGGCGCGUGAACCGCGGUGUGCGCACGUGAGGCUUCUUUGAGGUCGUUUGAAUGCCGACAGAGGCAGCAGUGGGGUGAACGAGCAAAUACACAAUCAUGGUGUUUUUAACACUGCCCCUUUGGAUCCGUAACCGUGGACCGGACCGGUUCUGGAAGGUCCAAGAUCUUCUCAAACAUGCUCGGCACUUCAGGGGCCGGAAGAACCGCUGCUACAGUCUGGCCGUGCGGGCUGUCAGGAGGGCGUUCGUUUACGCCACCAAAUCCCGAAAACUGAAGAAACGCAACAUGAGGACGUUGUGGAUCACGCGCAUCGCAGCAGCGACCCGGGAGCACGGCAUGACCUAUCCUGCCCUCAUGCACAACCUCACAAAGAGCAGCGUUCAGCUCAACCGACGAGUGAUCAGCGAUCUGGCCAUCACAGAACCCAGGACCUUCCAGUCCCUGGCAAAAGUAGCAAAAGCUCGGCAACAAGAAGGCUUCCGUGCAGCGCUCGGCGACGGCAAAGAACCUGCUGGCGUCCUGUCCCGCAUCGUUAUGUUGCAGUAAAAGACUAUUUAUUGUCAUGGAGUGACAGAGCAGCUCUGAUGUUAUAUCACUUUUUUUUUGCAUUUGUUAUUACAUAAAGAUACUUCAAACUAAAAAUA